AUGAAGUCUAAUUUAAUUUCUGUCACCGUUUUUUUGUCUAUUACAUUAUUUGCACAAUCUACUGUAAGCUUACCAUUACAAGCAAGACAUGAUGUAUUGCCUUUGACAACUCCAACACCAGCACCUUUACCACCUUCACUACCCCAUGUGCCUGGUACUAUUACAUCCCAUGCGCCUACUACAUCCGACGAAGACUGCGACGAUGUUACAUCCAAUGUACCUGAAGUCGGAGUUAAACCCAAAGUACCUGGUGAUAAAGGUAAACCAAACUUACCUAAACCCGACGAAAAACCUGGUGAUAAAGGUAAACCAAACUUACCUAAACCCGACGAAAAACCUGGUGAUAAAG